UGAAACUCAACGUGUUGCUGUUGCUCGCGGCGAUAGUUCCCAUCGUUGUGGGAGACCGGUGUAUGCAACGAAUCCAGACACCGUACAUUGAAAGAAGUUACGAAAGACAGACCGGUCACACAAACUGUGCUUACCAAUGCUGGUCAGGUUGGUAUAACAAAUGGGCCGACUACUCUUACUACACGACCACUUGUGAGCUAGCCUAUCGACUCGAGAUGCAAUCUGGCUGCUGUGAGGGAUAUUUACUGCGGGAUGGAAGCUGUAUUCCCGCGUGUAGUUCCGGUUGUCGCAAUGGACGCUGUACGGCUCCAGAGAGAUGCACUUGCAAUCCGGGAUUCGUCGAGGUGAACAAUGAGUGUGAACCGCAUUGCGAACGGUGUCAGAACGGGGACUGUGUCGCACCGGACAAGUGCAUUUGCCACGAAGGUUACGAGCCUGAUUCCAGUGGGAGCUGUGUUCCGAGCUGCAGGGAUGCUUGCUUCAGAGGACAUUGUGCUAACAGCCGCCAGUGCGUUUGUCCCGAAGAACAGUAUUUCAAUCCGAUGAUGCUGGAGUUCGGUUUCGCUAAUGGUACCAUCUGCUCGCCGAAGUGUGACACGGAUUGUCGGAAUGGUUAUUGUGUUGGAAGAAACCGCUGCAAAUGUUUCCCUGGAUAUCAACUGUCGGAAGAUGAUAGAUUCGAAUGCGCAUCGGUGUGUGAUCCAAGCUACGUAGACUGUCAGAACGGUGACUGUGUGGCGCCGAACACCUGCGCAUGUAAGGCUGGGUACCAAUUGUCUACAGGGAAGUGUGAAGCAAUCUGCGAUCCCGUCUGUUUUAAUGGGUUUUGCAAUGUACCCGGACAAUGUGUUUGUAAUACUGGCUUCCUUCGGAAUCCUCAGAAGAGUAACGAGUGUGUCCCAAGUUGCGAGCCUCCCUGCGAAAACGCUGAAUGUGUUGGACCCAACACUUGCGCAUGUUUUCACGGAUUUCGGAAGGACCCACAAUCCUCGAGUGUAUGCCAUCCGACAUGUGAUUCACGGUACAUUGAUUGCAGUAACGGAACAUGCAUUGGACUCAACCGAUGUAGCUGUGAUGAUGGUUUCAUCUUUCAUGGUACAACUUGUAUUCCCGAGUGUACAGUGCCAUGUGUGAAUGGCAUAUGCUCCUCACCCAACGAAUGUACGUGCCAUCAAGGCUACACAAAAAGCGAGGACAACCCGAACGUCUGUCGGCCAGUGUGUGAUCCGCGGUGUGAAAAUGCCGACUGUAUCGAGCCUGACCUGUGCCAGUGUCAAGGUGGAUUCAAUCAAUCUGCCGAUCAGCACAUCUGUUCCCCCGUCUGCGAUCCAAACUAUCUAGAUUGUACGCAUGGACAGUGUAAGGCUCCAAAUGUUUGCGUCUGCGACCUAGGCUACCGCUUGGAUGCGAGAGCUUGUGUUCCCAUAUGUGUACCAGAGUGCAUCAACGGAAUGUGUAACAGUCCAGGGAAUUGCUCGUGUAGCGCUGGUUUCCAACAACAUCCUCUAGUGGAUCAUGAAUGUUUUCCAGUGUGCGACCCUCCUUGUGAAAACGGAGCUUGCGUAAAACCGAAUGAGUGUCAAUGUCUCUAUGGUUUCCAGCAACUGUCGGAACUAACGCACAUCUGUGAUCCGGUUUGUGAUCCACAAUACGCUGAUUGUGGGAAUGGAACGUGUAUAGCACCAAACCGGUGCAGCUGUAAGCUCGGCUACGAAUUCGUUGGAAAUCGUUGCGUUCCGUUGUGUACGCGCCCUUGCACGAACGGACAAUGUUCAGCUCCCAACGAAUGUUCCUGCAAAGCAGGCUAUAAACCAGACGAAGAGUCUGGUACAUGUGUUCCGGAUUGUGAUCCUCCCUGUCGUGACGGACAUUGUAAAGCACCGAACAUCUGUGGAUGCUUUCAGGGAUACGAACCAUCUAUCGAGAUCAUCAACAGCUGUGACCCAGUUUGCAAUACCACCGUAGUUGAUUGCGAGUUUGGAACCUGCAUCGAACCUAAUCGUUGCGAAUGCAACGAAGGUUAUGUUUUCCGCCAUGAUAGGUGUGUUCCAGUAUGUGAACCAGUGUGCAUCAAUAGCGUAUGUAUUGACCCUAACAUGUGCGAUUGCUUACGAGGUUACAGAAGAUUUGUAGAUCGACCAACCAAUAUCUGUAGUCCCAUUUGCGAAUUACCCUGCAUAAAUGGAGAUUGUAUAGCACCGAACACUUGCCAAUGCUUCAAUGGUUUCAAGUUGUCCGCCACCGAUCGACAUAACUGCAUUCCUAUCUGUGACCCGCGCUACGUCGUAAUCCAAAAUGGUCACUGCGUCGCUCCCAACAUUCUGCGAUGCGACGGUGGAUUCAUUCUACAGCAGUCUCUCGAAUCCGGUACGAUUCAUUGUACACCAGCCUGCAAUCCCAACUGUGUGAACGGCCAAUGUCUUUCGAACGGAACCUGCGAAUGCAAUCCAGACUACAGAUCUUCGUCCGGGACUCCAAACGUUUGCGAACCGAUUUGUGAACCACCCUGCGUUAACUCCAACUGUGUGUCUCCGCACCGUUGUGCAUGCUGGGAUGGUCACCAGCGGACAUCAGACAAAGGGCUGACGCAAUGUUCACCGAUCUGUGAUCCUUCCGUUGUCAACUGUACCUUCGGUAAAUGCGUUGACGUCGAUAGCUGCGUUUGCUUCGAAGGAUAUUCAUCAACGGAAGAUGGAAACGGAACACGAUUAUGCAGCCCCAUAUGCGAAACAGCAUGUCGCAACGGAGAAUGCAUUGGUCCAAACAUCUGCGAGUGUUCUGUGGGAUAUAGUCGAACGAUGGAGAUGGAGGAAUGCCAACCGGAAUGCGCUGAAGACUGUGUGAACGCGACUUGCUCAGAGCCUGACGUUUGCAGCUGUUUGCCUGGGUUCAUCCAGCAGAAUUCCACUGUCUGUCGUCCGUUCUGUGAUCCGGAGGUGGUCAAUUGUACAUUUGGAGAGUGCGAGGAGCCGAACUUGUGUCGCUGUUGGGAUGGCUAUGAGCUUCCGAAUGAAUUUCCGAAUGGCUGUGAGCCUUUUUGUGGUGAGUUGCCUGAGAAUGGAAUCUGCGUGGAACCGGGGAGAUUCGUAUGCUUGGAAGGUUACUCUCGGGGGGAGAACGACACUUGUGAACCGGUGUGCGAGGAGCAGCCUUGUGGGAAUGGAACCUGCGUUGACCCGAAUUGGUGCGAGUGUUGGAAUGGCUAUGAGCUGGACGAAACAAGUGGUGGAUGUGUGUCCAGCUGUGAGCGACAUUGCGAAGCUCCCUAUGGACGAUGUGAGGCUGACCUUUGCCUCUGCGUAGAUGGUUACGGUAACGCGCAAAGUAACUACAGCUGCAAUCCACUAUGUGAAGAUUGUGGAAGUAAUGCGUGGUGUGAAUCCCCGGGUAAUUGCUCUUGUUUGAAAGGAUUCGAGCUGUCGAAUCGUACAGGCGCCUGUGAAGCGGAUUGUGAAAACUGUACAAACGGUUUUUGUGUGGAACCGGGGGUUUGCGUUUGCGAUGAAGGCUACCAGCAACAGGAAAUCGAGGGGUUAAUGCACUGUGCCGGAAAUCACAAAAUUGGCUCCGAGCGGUGGGUUAAUCAAAAGGUCAUUUUUGUGAGUGUAGUCUCCCUCGUAGCAGUAUUGGUAGUUUGUUACACAGCAAGAUGGCUUUUCAGGAGGAAUCGUGUUGAUGCAGUGCACGAAGAUGUUUUCACUGACAACGCAAUACAGGACCAUGACCUUUAGCGCUUCAAUCACACCGAUGAACCUGGUAAGUUUGAUGAGGUGACAAUAUAUGCUGCAGUUCAAUAAGGAGUUUUUUAAGGUACCUGGAGAAUACAAUUUAUUCUUACUAAUUUUUCGUCAAUAUCAAUUGUGCUCUCUUUAAUACUGAAUUUGCCAUUUGAAAUAAUAUACAUAAAGCUUUGCUAAAAUAAAAUCAAAAAAUUAUAGAAGGUGUCUCGACGACAUUAUUGACGUAGGACUACACAUUUAUUAUUUCUUCCUAAAAUUUGCUCGCCUAUCACUUCGGACAUUAUUCUAAAAUGAAACGAAUUCAGUAGAAUCUAUUGACCCAGUGAAUUACUCUCAAACGAAUGCAUAUGGAACAGCUUUAGCACGCCCGUUCAGCACGAUAGCAGAUCGUAAACUGGCCUUGACGAAUUUUUGGUUUUUUCUGUUAAUUUUUUUCAAAUUCUAACUAAAAAACUAGAAGAUCUACUUUUUUUUGUCGAAAACAAUAUGUGAGAAAUUAUUUGAAUUACCAUUAAAAUGUAUCAAACAAACUUUUAAACAAUAAAAUGAAAAAAAAAACUAUGUUAAAUAUUAACCCUUUGCGGUCGUAUUAAUGUCCUUUGAAAGAGAGUUAUGAACAUAGAAGAAUCAGAAUAAGCUAGGAGCAACACUAUAUAUCAUUUAUCAAAAAGUAGGAUUUCAAUAGGAAGACAUUUAGUCAGUUUAAUUUGGGAUUUUAUUUAUCUAACCUUACACCGGCGAUGCCUAGGCUAGAAUUUCCCCGCCAGUGUACACUGGAGCUGAAAUUUAACGGAAUGAGCGUAAAGGAAAAAUUGUAAAGCGCUGUUUGAUUCUCUCUCUCUACGCGCUUAUUGCUAAAUAGCGCACGUGAGCGACAAUAGUAUUAGUAGAGUUAAAACUUCAGCCAUUAGUAGCGCAAGUCGGCCGCCGAAAAUCAGCCAAAUUUUAUGUUCAAUUAUACGUAGUUUAAAUAAGAGUCGAGUAUAAUAAAUCAAUUUUUGUGUUAAAUGAACAUUUUGUACAUUAAAUUAAACUGUGUAUUAGUAUUGUCACUUUGUGUAAACGAGUAAAAUAGGGCUUAAAACUGACCCCUACUCAAACUGGAAGGAAAGUGCAGUAGCAGCGGUGUGUAAAAAGGGUAUCGUUACGAACUCGGAAACCCUUCACCGGAAAAUCCAUUUGGAACAGCUUGAAGGCUGGUUGAAAUUCGAAACAAUGUUUUUUUUUAAUUCUGAAUAAUAUUAUAUGCAUAGCCCACACAAUAACCAAUACUACUACAGGAAAAAGUUCUUCUAACAUCUACUUUUACAUGUUUUCUUUGAAAGAUUACUACAAACGACAUUUUUGUAUGUAAAUUCUCGCGAUUGACAUGUUCUGCGUAGGACUACGUCUAACCGGAAGAUAUAGGGGGUGAAAUGGAAAUCUAGGCACUGAACAAGUAGGAAAAAAUGCAAGAUUUGGAACGCUUAUAA